CCAGCGUUUCUCGUUUUUAAGUUGGCCAGCCGUCGAAUUUCCAUUUCGCUAGGCUAUCUGACGUCAAUGCUCAAACACAGCACGGUUUGGUGUUGGCGGCAGCCCCGAAUGAGCCCUCGAGCAAGCGCAGAACCCAAAACGCGCGGGAAGUGCCCAACAAGGCACAUCGACCUGCAAAAAAUAUCCUCAACGCUCAUGGUAGCACGAUGCCCCUGAUCCUAGGGAACUAACAAAAAGAAGGACUGAGAAUCUUGGCACAAUACCAAAGUCACGUUGUAUCUUUCAAAGGGCCCUGGUAGGCAGCCCAAUAGAAAGCACACACCGCCAUCUUAUCAAGGCCUCGACUGAUCUCUGCAUCAUCAAGGCACCUCGAGCCACGUGAGCCACAUUCACCACAGCCACAAAUCCUCAAGUUGUUUCCGCUUUGGGUGGUAUCACUGCGUAGGUGCUCGAUUGGACAGCCGCGGUGUCCAAAAUCAGGUGGGCUGGACGCCGGCGGUGACCCGAACCGACGCGCUUACACCCGACGCUAUUAUUCGAUAUUACCAAAAGGGGCAUGCUCUCGGCCCAGCCCGAGAAUCUAACGCCAGCCAGGCCCUUGCAUGCCCCGGAUCUAGAACACGCUCCCGGUGCUGUGCCCGAUCCUGUGGUUCGUUUUUAUGGGGCCACGAAUCCUGCGUGUCAGUUAUCGGGGUUCGAAGAAGGCAUUCACGGCUUUAUGCUUGCCCCAUAUGGUUCCAGUGUCAUGUCUGAAGGAUUUCUGCAAUCUCUUCAGUAUCGGUGGCGUGAAGAUCACGGUGGCAGCGCCAGCCUUUGCAAAGAAGGCGAGGGUGCAUAGCGCCGGUGUGAGAUUCCCUCGGCGACAAGGUGACUUCGAGGCGACAUUGUUGAAGGACGGCAUGCCUACUCAUAGUCAGAAUCUAGAUAUAAAAUGAGCUGGUUCGCAGCGUUUUAAGCCAUCACAGAGAGACCAGCCUACGAGCAUAGCAUACCUCCUCGCCCUGAUCCCACUAUAUAUCAUAGCAAACCCCCUUCUCCCAACAUGCGCGCCACUCUCGUCGUCGCGGCCCUCCUGGGGCUUGCCAUGGCCACCCCGCAGCCGACCCUGGUGGCCAAGGUCCGGCGCCAGGAGGACUCUGACGAGCCCGGCCCCCUGGUCGGCGAGCCCGACGUGAUCGACCCCGCCACCUACCCGCUCGCCCUAGGCGGCGCCAUCGACAUGGCCCUCAAGGCCUCGGCCUCGGGCACGUCCCCGCUGCUGCCGGCCGAGACGGAGACGCCCUCGCCCGCCGGCGAGGACCCCGUCACAGCCCCGGCCCCGGCACCGACGGCGGCGCCCGAUCUGGCCGAGCGCCAGGACGGCGCGGCCAUCCUGGCGCGCGCGCCGACGCGGCUGACCUUCAAGAUCUGGAACUCGCACGGCAGCGACGUGAGCACGCGGCACGCGCGCAACGCCGGCGCGCCUGCACCCGUGGCCGGCAACGUCGGCGCCGGCGUGCUCAAGAACGGCAAGUCGGCGUCCUUUGUCGUGCCGCGCGACUGGGCCGGCAACGUGGCCAUCGUCCAAAACGGCGGCGGGCGGGCCAUCGUCGGGGACGAGUCCCUGAUCGAGGGGGCCUUUGUCAGAGGCGAGAUCGGCAUCAACAUCUCCUUCGUCAGCGGCUACUCGGUCCCCAUCGUCUGCGCCUGCGCCGAGACCAACCGCAUGGUCGUGGGCUGCAACAAGAACCUCUGGGGGCUCGGCACUUGCCCAAACAACAACGGCAAGGGCUCGUGCAAGAACCCGACGCGCACCAACACCGGCGCCACGUCGCCCACACAGUUCUUCGCCCCCUGCCGCGGCGCCGCCUACACCUUCCCCAGGGACAACAAGGCCAUGGCGCACGACAUCUGCAAGGGCGGCACCAUCAACUGCUGCAUCGGCACCAAGUGCCGCAAGAGCGUGCUCCAGUCCUAAGCUGAUGGCGGCUGAGAGACUCGGUGUGCUCUCGGUCUUGGAAGUGUCCCAGCACGCGGGUUGUCUGGUUCAUUUCACUUGGACAUUUUUGACACGCAGGUUUGUUGCGUGAUAUGGGAUCUUGGGUUUCUUUGUACAAAAUACACGCUAUCGGACCUGAUUCCUUUCCUUGUCAAAAGGGGCAGCACAUAAGCACACCCCAGUAUACGAUAUAUAUAGUUAUUUCUUACUUCUAAUAAAAUAAAAUAAAGUUGGCCACCCA